UGUUUUUGACAGAAGUCAGAAAAUUUGUGAUUCGCGAACGAAAUAGACUUUGGACAGCGAAUUUUAUCUUAUUUUGCCUCUAAUUUCACAUACAUUUUGCGUAUUAUGUAGUAAAUUAAUUUCUAAAAAAGUUGCUUUGAAUAUGUCACUAUCCCCGCAAGUGUUGCUAUCUAGCAUAGCUAGAGAACGAUGCAUAGCAAAGUUAAAGGAAUUGCCAAUCAUAUUUAACUUAAAGACGAAGCAGUCUGCAGCUGUUCUGGUUCCAAUAUGUGUUGAUAAGGGAAAAGUGUGUCUUCUGUAUACUCUGAGGUCUUCAAAACUGAAAAAUCACAGUGGACAAGUGUCAUUUCCCGGUGGGAAAAUGGAUGAGAACGAGACGAUAUUUGACACAGCUCUGAGGGAAACAGAAGAAGAAAUAGGUAUCCCCAAGGCCGAUAUAGACGUGUGGAGUGAAAUGCCAAAAGUGAUUGGCCGAAACAAGGAAGUUCUCAUCUCGCCAGUCGUGGGACUUGUUAAGAAUUUUGACGUGAACAAAUUGAAACCCAACUUGGAUGAGGUGGAAGAGAUUUUCACGAUCCCCAUGGAGGUUUUCUGUGACCCGACCAACCACGCGCAUAAUCUUUACGAAAAAAAUAUUCUGCCAAUUUUUUUCAAUGAAAAACAUACAAUUUGGGGCAUUACAGGUCUGAUAACUCACUUCUUUUUGCAAUGUUUUCUCCCUGAAAAUGAAUACAAAGUAGAUUUUUUGAGAAAAAAGUUGACUUUCGCCGAACUAAUGCCAGCCAAAUUAUAGAAAUUGCUAUUUUAGUUUUAAUUUAAUAGUACAAUCUCUGAGUUAAGUUUACUCAGUUCAACUA